AAUGCCCAGUUGCUGGGCUGCCUUCAUCAUUGAAGUGGCCAUCUUUCCAUUUUUACGUUAUACAUACAAUAACCAGCUGUUUUUCUUUCUCUCUCCUCACUGUUUUUUUCUCUCUCUGAAAGUCAGGAGCACCACUCAACACACAGACUGCUGCAAACUGAUCCCACCAAAAUUAAAUUUCACCACUUUUGUCACUCACAAAAAAGGAUCCCCACAAGUCCUCAGCUCCAGCUUUGCUUCCGACUUUUCAUAGCAUUAUUAUUGUCUCUAAUAGUUUGGAUUAUGACGAGGGUGAGCCGAGAUUUUGUCACUGUGAGAAAGGACGCAGUCCUGCCUGUUUCAGCUGAUGUGAUCUUCCAUUCGAGCCGAUUUUCCAAUUAUAAAAUUGGAUCAGAUUAUCAGAUAGUGGAGUUGAAGGAUCAUCCUAAGGCACUCUCAGUGAAGGAGGUGGUUGCUCGAGAGACUGCCCAUUUGCUUGACCAGCAAAAUCGGCUAUCAGUUCGUGAUCUAGCCAGUAAAUUCGAGAAAGGUCUGGCUGCUGCUGCCAAAUUGUCCGAUGAGGCUAGGCUGAGGGAAGCAGCUUCACUUGAGAAACAUGUGCUUCUAAAGAAGCUUAGAGAUGCACUAGAAGCUCUGAGAGGGCGUGUGGUGGGUAGAAACAAGGAUGACGUUGAGGAGGCUAUUUCAAUGGUUGAAGCUUUAGCAGUUCAGCUGACUGAGAGAGAAGGAGAAUUGGUUCAAGAAAAGUCAGAAGUGAAAAAGCUUGCAACUUUUAUCAAGCAGGCUUCUGACGAUGCUAAAAAACUUGUUGAUGAAGAAAGAGCUUUUGCAAGGACUGAAAUAGAGAAUGCAAGAGCAGCCGUUCAAAGGGUUGAGGAGGCUCUUCAGGAGUAUGAAGAGAUGUCCCGAGCCUCAGGAAAACAAGAUGUUGAAGAAUUGAUGAAGGAAGUCCAAGAGGCUAGGCGUAUCAAAAUGCUGCAUCAGCCUAGCAAGGUUAUGGAUAUGGAGCACGAGCUUCAAGCAUUGAGAGUUCAACUUGCAGAGAAGUCCAAGCAUUCGCUUCUGCUUCAGAAAGAGCUUGCAAUGAGAAAGAGGGGUGAAAACGCACAGGACUUGUAUGGAAUUGAUGGCAUUGAAGCACUCGGUUCGUAUUUGCAAAUCCAACCCUAUUCCACCGAUGUUCCGGAUAUUUCAGUAUUUUCAAUUCAGUGGUAUCGCUUAGGGUGUGAAAAUGGUAAACGGGAACCUAUUUCAGGGGCUAUGAAACCUGCUUACGCACCGGAACCAUUUGAUGUUGGACAAAUUUUGCAAGCUGAUAUGACGUUAGGGGUCGAGACUGUUACUGUAACGACCACCGGCCCUAUUGAACCAGCUGCGGGAUUGGGAAACUAUGUUGAAGCAUUGGUGCGAAGGCAUGAAACCGAAUUUAAUGUAGUUAUUGUUCAGAUGAAUGGGUCAGAUCAUCCGUCACAAUCUAUCCACGUAUUGCACGUUGGAAAGAUGAGAAUGAAACUUUGUAAAGGGAAGACAACUUUGGCAAAGGAAUACUAUUCCACUUCAAUGCAGCUCUGUGGAGUUAGAGGAGGCGGGAACGCUGCUGCACAGGCAGCAUUUUGGCAAGCGAAAGAAGGGCUGUCGUUUGUUUUAGCGUUUGAAACAGAGCGCGAGAGAAAUGCAGCUAUUAUGCUGGCAAGGCGGUUUUCAUUCGACUGCAACAUCACACUUGCAGGCCCCGACGAUAGAGCUGCUCUGUGAGCUUUGGGCGUUGUUCGGAACAAACUGUAAUUACACUGAUUCUACAUUGUGCCCUGUAUCUAUAGGCCUGCAUUCAUGCAUCCAAAUUAGGGUUUGUCUACAAAAUUUGAGUUUUCAAUAACCUUCAUCACUAUUAUUAUUUUCAUCUUCUUGGUCAUUCUUUUAUUGGGUUCCAUUUGAUUGUAAUGAUCUCUGGGUUUGUUCUUCCCGGCUGAACAACUAAUGAUAUUGAGAAGAAUUCUUUGUACUGGA